CGGCACCGCUCGCCCAACCAGCAUCGCGCCGAGCAGCAUCGGGUCCGCUGGUCCGGGGACGGAAAGCUUCGACGGUGACUGAAAGGUUGUUUGUGUUGGCCGAGACCGUGGCUCGCAGCAAACAUUCGGGGGAAAAGGAGAAACGGAACCACAAGGAUCGUCCUGGCCGAAGCGCAAUCCUUACCUUUGCAGGGCAGGGCUUGCUGUGGUGUGCAAGCGGCAGUCAUCGACCUUCAACAACCAGCCUCCGGACCUGCUUCCUGCCCUUUGCAGGCGGCUUCUCGGGGCAAGUUGCCCUUCUUUCCAGCCGAGAGUGGCUCGCCAGUGGCAGUGUGGUCUUCCGCGCCACCAAAAAGGGCAGCAAAGCGGGACGGCAGCAAGUGUAUGUGUGUGUGUGUGUGCGUGUGUGUGUGUGUUCAAUCGGUCGUGCGGUGGUGCUGCUGCACGGGUGCGGAACGCAUUGAAGCAUUGAAUUUUCCACUUCACGGAUCGAUGAAAAACCAACGGAACGGAUUGCAGAUUACGCGGAAGCUGGUCGGUGCUGUUGCUGCAAUCGGCCCGAACUACCACCGCACACAGCGUGCGUGAGCCUGUUGUGAGUGUGUUUGUGUUUGCGCUGUCGCGCGCGCGUGUGUGUGUGUGUGGCUAUUUCUUGUACGUGCGUUUGGUGUGUCAAAGAAGGCAGACUCAAAAACAAUACCGUUCAGUGUCCGUCGUGCUUGUUGCAGAGCUGCAGAGGACCGAAACGGGAACGGGAGCAGUGACCGUAGUGGUGUAGUGGUUCGGAAUUGGCCCGGAAGGUGCACCAGCUACACAGUUUCGCCUUGGCAAAUCCAGGAAACGUUUCAAAGCAACUCCGGAGCUGCUUUUUGCCUUGUUUAGUCCGGCAAUCGAAAAAAAGAGGUGGACAAUCCCCGAUAACAACAAGUACGCGAUCGCGAUCAACGUCAAACAAUCAAAGCCGCAGUCGCUCCUCCCAGCCGCCCCGAUGGCAACGGUCAAUCUGAAUCCGAACGGCUGCCCGGUGGCGACCCCGACCGCGGUCGGCUCCAGCACCUCCAUCCACUCGAUACAGGGGAAGGACCAGUGGGUGAAGCUGAACGUGGGCGGCACCUGUUUCCUCACCACCAAAACGACCCUCUCCCGCGAUCCAAACUCGUUCCUGUCACGGCUCAUCCAGGAGGACAGUGAUCUCAUCUCCGAUCGGGACGAAACCGGUGCGUACCUGAUCGAUCGUGACCCGCGGUACUUUGCGCCGGUGCUGAACUACCUGCGCCACGGCAAGCUCGUGCUCGAUGACGGCCUGUCGGAGGAGGGCGUGCUGGAGGAGGCCGAGUUCUACAACGUGACGCACCUGAUCGGCCUGCUGAAGGACAACAUUGCGCGGCGGGAGCAGCGGCCGGCGGCGGACAAGAAGCGCGUCUACCGGGUGCUCCAGUGCCAGGAGAACGAGCUGACCCAGAUGGUGUCGACCAUGUCGGACGGGUGGCGGUUCGAGCAGCUGAUCAACAUCGGCACGCAGUACAACUACGGCACGGAGGAGAACGCCGAGUUUCUGUGCGUGGUGUCGAAGGAGUGCGCCAACACGCUGAUCGGGCGCGAGGUCGAGUCGAACGAUCGGGCCAAGGUGCUGCAGCAGAAGGGUUCGCGGAUGUAAGGUGCGGGGGGAAAGGGAUGAGGCGUGUGAAGAGGCAACCCGCCUUGUUACAGAAAUAUUCUUCUUUACAACCUUAAUCGCGGGGUCUACGCGGGGAGGUUUGCCUAGACAACUGCAGGAAGCUCGCCGUCGGUUGAAAACAAUAUUAUAGAUAGAAAUUAUGAAUCAUCCUCCUCGUCGUGUGGGAUGUAAUGAAGAGGGAGCGGGGCUUUGUGGACAAUAGGAGCGACUGCGAAAAGUAAGAGAGAAAUCCCGAGAUUAAUCGAGUUCAUGUUUUGAUGGUGAUUUAAUGCGCGCCCGUUACAAAUAAGGGAGAGUUUUUGACACGGCAGGCACGGGUUUGGGAAGACUGCAAGCUGUAUCAUUGUCGUUGGCGAGCGAGUUGCCAUUAACUUUGCACUUGUAGACCACGGACAUAGUAAUUAGCAGCAAUUUGCAUGCAAAACACGCUACAACGCGAGGAGAGCCAGAAGGUUCGUUGCAACUCCCCUUUUGCACGUGUGAUACACCGCGAAUGAGUAAUGGAAGGAAGCGAGAGUGGCAAUGUUCCGCUCCUAUGUUCCGUUCGGAUCCUAGCCUUACCCAGAAAAAAAAAAAAAAAAAAAAACAGAAUUCGGGCAAACCCUCCUCGACCCUAUGUCUCCCACAUCGCAUCAGUUUCAGAGUCUCUCCCGUUAGACCCAGUUUACAGCUUCAUGGAGCAACAUUUAGGUGCACAAGGGCAAACCCCUAGACGCGCGGGUAUGAUUAUUUCCCUUGCGUGAACGCUAAGAAAGAGGAACAGGGGAAGAAAGAGAGAGAGGGAGAGAAUAGGGCUAAAAUCGGUUCUAGCUUUAAGUUUUAGCGCAUAAGAAAUCGUCGUGUUGACCGUCUGGAGCAUAUACAUACAUAUAUACCCAACAUAUAUACGCCAAACACAUCCACACACACACACACACACACCCAACGCAAUAUAGGAUCGACCUACCACACAGUACGCCCGUAACAUCAUCCUUCCCCUGCUCACUUACCGGUGCGUGAUCCGGCGAACGGGAUGAUGUGACGAGCAAAUGAUUGUUAGAUUUUAUAACGCAACCAAGCGACAACAAGCUGCUAUCGAAUUGUUGUCGCGUUUGUGUAUUGUGCGGUUAGCAAUCAUCAGUUGCUCUAAUGUGCCGCAGACCGAAGCCAGGUAGGCACAAAAGAAGCGUUAGAAAUCGUGGAUUCAUCCACUUAACUUUACCGUAAGUUUUCCACGCCACACUAGAGCACGCACACGCACAGGCGCUUUGCAAGCAAAAAGAGAAAAAAACGCAACCAAAAGACAAGCAGCGAAAGCGAAAGGGAAGUGAUAAAAGGAGAAUAAAUCGUUGAGGUGUAGGGUGUCGUUGGGAUGCGCUCCUUUAGGCCCUUGAACUCCUCCUUCAGGUUACUGUUUAGCCAUAGUCACGUAGAAAUUUGGACACACGGGAAGGACCGGAACAACUGGCCGCCCUGCAACUGGGACUCCUCUCUCUCUCUCUCUCUCACACACACAUAAAUACAGACACAUUUCGAAACUGUUUUUACGAGUAAAACGCACAAAUUUGAUCCAAUUCCCUGCUCCGGAAAGGAAACGCGAAGGAAUAAAACCCAUUACUGGUGCGCGAACAGGUGCGUGUACUACUUUGACCUCAUGUUUUUGUUAAACUUCAAUUUUUUUUUAUCUUAGCGUAUAACACUUUCAAGUUAGUUGGACUUGUCUUUCUUCUUCUACGCUCCGUUGAACGCGUUUGACAACACCCUGCUAUACGUGAAUGUGUGUGUGUGUGUUUUGCAAUCAAAAGACAGAAAACCACUGAAUGCUAGAAUUAUUUUGAAUUGUUGUCGUUGAAAAAAAGUUUGAAGAAAGAUUAUGGACAGGGUUCUAGCUUUGUAAGGUUUAUACUAUCGGCAAAUGUUUGGCGUAACAAACGAAAAAAGAAAACAGCGUAUGAAAAUAAACAUCAACCACGCAGGAAGGCUUCAUCGCGUAGAUGUUUAGUAGCUGAAUGCAAAAGCCCACAAUGCACUAAGAUCCCCACAGUGUGUGUGUGUGCGUGUGGGUGUGUAAGCGCGUCAAACUUGCGCACUCAGAAGCUCAGGCGCACUGGGCACGAUGCACAUUCGCUCUUACACGUGUGUAGUAGAAGCUACGCUGCUCUUGAACGAAGCUACCAUAUGGAGAAAGUAGUCUGACAGAAUAAGGUAUACUAUACUCAACGACGAAUGCCACGUCGAAUGGAUACUUAGGUAGAACAGAAUUGAAGCAAUCGGUAAAAUACGCAUGCACCUAACCCCUUUUUUAUAGUAGCGGUACUACUAUUAGCAGCAGCAGCAGCAGCAGCAGCAGCACUACUACUUCUACUACCACCGGCAUAUUCAACUACUCUCACACCACCAGCACCACCUAGACUCUCCCACUUAGGCAUUACUAUCGGUAGGAUUUAGAAUAAGGCGGAUGGUGUUCAGGCAUUCGCUCGGAGAAGUAAAGCAAAAGAAGCCUUUCGAUAAUGGUGGAUAGCUAUGAUUGGGAGAGAGAGGGGGAGAGAGUAAGAGAGACAGAGAAGGAGAACACGAUAAAAGAUGAGAGAGCGUAUAAUGAAGAGCGAUGUAGACUUACAAAGUAGUUAAUUAAUAUAAUCUCGUUACUAAAUGGGUUCGAUCGAUCAUCAGAAGAAGAAGA